CAAGAAGCUGGAAGCAACAUUGAAAACCUCAAUGGCUGCAACUUAUUAUUUAUUACUGCCAAAUCCAAAAGCUUUCUCAGCUUUCCUCAGAAACCCACCUUCCAUUCCUUCCAGUCAACUCACUCAUGUUCCAUUAUUCCAUUAUUAUUCCCAUAGAAGACCAAGUGUUCACGCCAAUGUCAAGAAGAAGAACCCUUGGCUUGACCCUUUUGAUGAUGGGGAGGACCCCAACAUGGAGUAUGGUUCCUUGUUUGCAGAUGGUAAGCAAGAGGAGGAUACUAGGCCACCGGAUAACCCUGACAGCCCAUAUGGCUUCUUGAAAUUCCCUGCUGGAUAUACAGUGGAGAUAGCUUCCUUGGGAUUGAAAGUGAGAGGAGAUGUCAGGAGGUGCUGUUGUGUGAUAUCUGGUGGUGUUUAUGAGAACCUCUUGUUCUUUCCAGCUAUCCAGUUGAUUAAGGAUAGGUACCCUGGUGUUCAGAUCGAUGUGUUAGCCACUGACAGAGGGAAACAGACUUACGAGUUGAAUAAGAAUGUGAGAUAUGCAAAUGCCUAUGACCUUGAUGAUGAUUUUCCAGAGCCUGCAGAGUACACCGAUAUGGUUGGACUAUUAAAGGGUAGGUACUAUGACAUGGUCUUAAGCACAAAAUUGGCAGGUCUUGGCCAUGCAGCAUUUUUGUUUAUGACAACUGCCCGAGAUAUAGUUAGCUAUGUCUACCCAAAUGUGAAUGCUGCAGGAGCAGGAUUACUUUUAUCUGAAACAUUCACACCCGAUAGUCAAAACCUCUCAGAGGGAGGAUAUUAUAUGUAUCAUGACAUGGUUGACUGGCUUGCAAAACCAUUUCGAAGCGUUCCAAGGCAAAUUGUGCCCCCACUUAGGGUAUCAAUUUCAAGGAAGCUGAAGGAGGCUGUGAAGGAAAAAUACACAAAAGCAGGUGUAGAAAAAGGGAAAUAUGUUGUAAUUCAUGGGUUAAAAUCAGAUUCAAAGGCCACGAUGCAGUCUAGGGGUGAUCCUGAUAGCUUGCUACCCAUUGAAGUGUGGGCUGAAAUUGCUGAGGCUGUAAGGGAAUUUACGCCACUUUUUGUCAUUCCACAUGAGAAAGAAAGGGAAAAUGUGGAGGAAAUCGUUGGAGAAGAUGCCUCCAUAAUCUUCAUCACCACCCCUGGCCAGAUGACUGCUCUUAUUAAUGACUCAGCUGGAGUGAUAGCUACAAACACAGCUGCUAUUCAGCUUGCAAAUGCACGCCAGAAACCUAGUAUUGCACUAUUUUGCUCUGAAGAGAAGGGAAACAAGUUUGUUCCGCAGGCUGAAGAGAAGAAAUGCAUUGUAAUAUCUUCCAAGACAGGGAAGUUAAUUGAUAUAGAUGUUGAGGCUGUAAAAAAUGCAAUUCCAACUUUCAAUAUGUCUGUUGCUUUGGUAUAGUAGGAGAGGGAAAAUGUAAACUGUUUCGCCAAAAUUAAUAGGAAAGACGAAUGUAUCUCUACAAAUUUAUGGUUCA